UUCUGGCAUAGUUGUAGUGAAGGUUUUGGCCUGAUUUUUGUUUAAUGCAACUUCACCUAACCUUAGUCUUACUGUCACAGGAAACCAGGUGGUCCAACUGCUAGAAAAUAGGCCAGCACACAGAACCAGGUCUACACACGCUUGACAUUUACUUUUGGGUCAUGGUGCAACAAACCAUUGGUGGCGUUCUGUGUCAGGGUAGGAGUUGCAGAGGUCUUCCGUCACCUGCCAUUUCACUCUUAGCCCACUGGCCAUGGUUGCCAAGCCAAGAGGUCAAAUGUGAUAUUUUAUAGAUAAUUUCCUCCCCUACCAUAAACCCUGAAUUUACUUCUCUUGCCCCUUCAAGUUAAUUACAUUUCACAAGGCCCAGCAUCGACAUCACUCACGGGAUGGGGUGUAUUGAAUUCGGGGAGAGAGUUCGUGCACUGGUGCUCCAGCGCGCGACCUGCUACCCUGCACGAAACAGCUCCCUGCUUGCAUAACUUUUUGACACAUCGCAUCCGCCAAGCACUGAAGUUCUACGAAAGUAACACAAUGGGUUGCUUCGAAUGCUGCAUCAAGUGUCUGGGCGGCGUGCCCUACGCCUCGCUGGUGGCCACCAUCCUCUGUUUCUCGGGCGUGGCUCUGUUCUGCGGGUGUGGUCACGUGGCGCUGACCGGCACACUGACCAUGCUGGAGAAUCACUUCUCUCAGAUCACCACUGACCACGCCACCCUCACCAUCGUGAUCCAGACCAUGCAGUACGUCAUCUACGGCAUCGCCUCCUUCUUCUUUGUUUAUGGGAUCAUCCUGCUGGCUGAGGGCUUCUACACCACCAGCGCCGUCAAGAAGGAGCUGCAGAGCCAGUUCAAGACCACCGUGUGUGGCCGCUGCAUCACAGCCACGUUUGUGUUCCUUACGUAUAUCCUGGGCCUGGCCUUCCUGGGGAUCUUUGGCUUCUCAGCCAUUCCCGUCUUCCUCUUCUACAACAUGUGGACUACCUGUGCUGCCAUGAAGUCCCCCAUGGCCAACAUCACCGAUCCCGACUCCAUCUGUGUGGACGUCAGGCAGUACGGUAUUAUUCCAUGGAAUGCGACACCCGGCAAAGCCUGCGGAUCUACACUAGGAGACAUCUGUAGCACCAGCGAGUUCUACCUGUCUUUCCACCUGUACAUUGUUGCGUGUGCUGGGGCAGGUGCCACCCUCAUUGCAUUGAUCCACUAUCUGAUGAUCCUGUCGGCAAACUGGGCCUACCUGAGGAGCUCCUGCAACCAGAACGAGUACCAGGACAUCAAGACAAAGGACGACGACGUGGAGGAAGGUGGCUCCAAGGAGGGUCUCAACUCAUCUUACUCAUAAGAACCGGCCAACCACCCCUUCACACACUUCCUCACACCUAACCUCCAACCCCCUUCUGGGUAAAACCAACACCUGGGUCUCCUUCACUAUGGGCGGUGUUCUGACUUGAGAUAUGUUCACUCAACUCAAAUCUUCACACGUUGGCUACGUUUACACAGGGAGCACAAUUCUGUUAUUUUUUCCCACUAAUUGGUCCUAUGACCAAUCAUAUCUUUUCACAUCAACUCUUUUUCGGAGCUUAUCUGAUUGGUCAAAAGACCAAUUAGUGAAUAAAAUAUCAGAAUUGGACUGCCUGUGUAAAUGAAAUGCAGCCCAUGUCUUCCAUUAACAUCAAUGGACAAUUUAAGCUAAGGUCUGAGUUGAGCACACUUUUCUCAACUCUGAAUCAUGUCCUUUGUCCAAACAGGAGCAAACAUUUUUCAAACGGAACAGGUAUAUGAGAAGUUCCUAUUGGAUGAGCUCAGGUUAGGUGGUACCUCUUCCUGUUUGCUCUCGAUUGGACCGUUACUGAGCGCAACCCUGCUGCCAUAGCCUAACUGCUCUGAAUCAAUCACAGCACAGCACUAACACAGCGAAUAACCGCCUAACAAUAAGGUCACCGUCUGCACAACUCCUGAGGAAGCGUGCCACAAAAUGUCCUGUUUCUUUGGUGUUUUAUAUAUAUGAAUAUAUUGUGCGAAUGUGUAUGUAUGAAUGUUUUUUUUUUAUACUACUUCAAAAUAUGACAGGUUUACUAUUAUAUUUAUCUGAUCUUCUCUUAUUUCUGGUAUUUUUCUCCUUUGGUUAUCUUAUCCCUGUGCAAACGUUUUACCUGAUUUAGUUUUUUGAUUUUUUUAUGGUAAUGCUUGUAUCAAAAAUAUAAAGAAGUAAAGUAGACUUCCAAAACCCAUGUAAACAUUACAUACACAGCAUCUCAGGGUGCCUCUCAUAGAAUAUAGUCCUACUAUUACGUUAACUUUCCCAUUCCUUUGUUGACAUCCAGCAAUUUCUGUUAAGUAAUCCUUCAUUUUGGCCUGAGGAGAAAAACGUGUGCUGUACCCUAACCGGAUUGGACACAUUCACUAAUGUGACUGUUGGCCCAAAGCAGCAGUUCUGUCAGCAGCUGUCUGCAGUGUUAACGCAUUACCUUGACCCGCAAGGGAAACAUCUAGCCUGGUCCCAGAUCUGAUCGUGCUGUCUUGCCAACUCCUAUGGUCAUAAUAACACGACAAUGACCAUAGGAGUUGGCAAGACAGCACGAUCAGAUCUGGGACCAGGCUAGAUGUUUCCCUUGCGGGUCAAGGUAAUGCGUUAACACUGCAGACAGCUGCUGACUGGCAAGACAGCACAGACUGAUCUUGGACCAUGCUAGUGAACCGCCACCUAGCCCUCUGUAUGGCAGUUUUUCUCUGGAAACGGCAUUGCUUCUAAACCCACAGGACUAACCAACACUCAAGGUCAGAUUGCCUUGUUCUGUUUGUAAGUGAUACAUUAUUCAUACCUCAGGUACUAAACCAAAAUAAAAACUCCACUAGCCUGGUCCCAGAUCUGUUUGUGCUUUAUAGCUCCUAUGUUUGGCAUGAUAAUGACCAUAGGAGUUGGCAAGACAGCGCAAAUAGCUCUGGGACCAGGCUAACAUUUCACUGAUUAAGCACACACUUGUUACAAGGCAAGGCCACAGCUGAAGUGAACAUAACAAAAGGCCCAAUGUUUGUUCAUUGUGUUCAUUGUACACAACUGUGAAGGGUGGAUUUCUUUCUCCUCCCGGUUUUUGGAAUCAUACAUUCACUUUCCUCAAGACAAGUCCACCCUUAAAGGGGUGAAGUUCACCUGUAUAUAUAUAUGGACCGCCCCAAAGGAAGUUCUAUUGACUGACACGUCCUGAAUGUGGAGAGCACGGUCAAUGUUUUACCAUGCUAUUUUACCUUUGAUUAUCAAUAUGUAAAUGUUUCCUUUUGGAGUAUAUGUUUAGCAUCCAAUUACUUGUUCUGCAUUAAAUAUAAUAGUAAUGUGACAUCUUUUAAAACGGUAUGUUGUGAGAAGGAAGCAAAUACAGAGUCAUGAUGGCGGUGGUGCUUGUAUUGUAUACAUUUUGAAAUGUGAAGAAAAAAAAAUGUACAAAAUGGUUUUCAAUGUUUUUUAUCAGUUUUAGGCAGCUGAAUCUUUCCCUGUGCUAAAGUAAUGAAUAACUUGUCUUUGACAUUAUUUGUAAUUACUUUAUAAUGGCAAGCCAAAUGAAAGUGACUCAUCUGUCAUACUUUUAGGCCUGUUAUAUGAACAGAUGCCGUUUGGAUGUUUACAAUAUAACAAGUCAUGAAUUUUCUUUUUUCCCCCCAGAUAUCAUUUGAUUAUCAUGACCUAUUCUAUAAUAAUGAUCACUGAGUAGUUCAAGUGCGUCGGGCUAUAAGUUAUCUGCAUUUUAGUCUAAAUUGAGUUAGUGACACAGCCUUGUUCUGUUCAAUGUUCUCUACCUACAUACAGUAUACUCUAACAUGAAUUGGGGUAAGUUCAAACUAAUUCAAAAGAAUACAAGAUAAAAAAUGGCUGACCCCAUUCAACCCAACGAGGGCUCGAAACUGUAAAGCCAAUUAUCUCAGAAUCAUCUUUUUGCAAGUAGAACCUUAUAGUCCCAAGUUAUCUUCCUCACACCAGUGAAACGAUGAUUUCUUUAACUUUCAUAUGAAAAGGCAUGUCGGUAUUGUCCACGGGUGCAAACGUGUAAAUACUGAAAAAGGACUAUAUUCCCAUGUGUGUUAUGUUUGAUAUAAUACAGUGUGCUUUGCCACCAGGUUGAUGUAGGCAAGGGCAUGUGCCGUUUCAUAUAAGAUGCGUGUGUUGUCGUUUCCUCGUUAUUGCAUGAAGGCGACAUGACUGUGUCUUAAUACAGUUUUUCAGGUGAUGUGUAGUCAAUUGUACUGACAACUAUGGUAGGCAGCGUUUGCCCCCACUCAACUCUUUUUUAAAGAUAUCCAUUGUAUCUUGAUGACAUUGUAGACCCUGUAGUUGUUUCAUUGUUUUUCUUUUUAAAGUUUUAAAUAGUUAUAUGACUCCUGUAUAGUGAUGAUUUUUGUAACCUUCUCUAGUAAAACCGAUAUUUUAUCGUGAAA